AAGCAGAGAGUGGAAAACAACAAAACAUCACACAACUCAGCACUCAAUUCAGACGCAGUCACUCACAGCUCCCGACUGAACAUUUUUCACUUUUCCCUCCCUCGGCGGUGGCCCAAACCCAUUUCCCCCCACCACGCAGCCAGCCGCCGAUCUUUCCUUUUUCUCGGAUUCUCCCCUGCGCCGGCGGAGAUGGGAAGCCAUCACAGAGAAGACCCACUUUCCUACCCAAACAACAUCCCUUCUUCGUCGUCCUCUCCGAUCACAGUCUCCGACUACCUCGACCCCGCCGCCGCCUUCCUCUCUUCCGACCCAUCCAACAACUCCCUCCUCGGCAGUGCAUCCAGCAGUUUCCAGAACGACCAGGGUUUCCUAACCGACGCGGCCGCCGUCGCCGCCAACAUCGACGCCGAAUUCGGUUUCUCUCGCCCGGACUUCAGGCAGAGCCCGCUUGUCGGGACCGUGAAGUACUACGAGCGCCAUGUCUUUCUGUGUUACAAGAACCCUUCUGUUUGGCCGCAGCGGAUUGAGGCUGCUGAGUUCGAUCGCCUCCCCAGGCUGCUCUCUGCUGCCGUCACUGCUACGAAGGCUUAUAUGAGGAAAGAGACCCGGCUAACAAUAUGUGAGGGACAUGAUGGGACAGAAACCUCAAAUGGGGACGUGUUAAUCUUUCCUGACAUGGUUAGAUACAGGAGGUUAACACAUUUCGAUGUUGAAACAUUUGUGGAGGAAGUGCUGGUCAAAGAUGGUGAAUGGAUGCCUGGAACUCCAGAAAAGCUUCAUGGUUGCUAUGUAUUUGUAUGCUCUCAUGCCUCCAGGGAUCGCUGUUGUGGCGUUUGUGGUCCAGCCAUAAUUGGAAGGUUUAAAGAAGAGAUAGAAGUCCGUGGUAUGCAAUCUAGAGUCUCUGUUAGUGCAUGCUCACACAUUGGGGGCCAUAAGUAUGCUGGAAACAUUAUCAUCUUCGGAUCAAGUGUCAGUGGAGGCAUCACUGGGCACUGGUAUGGAUAUGUUAGUCCAGACGAUGUGCCCAUAUUACUCGAACAACAUAUUGGCAGAGGAGAGAUUGUUGAUUGGCUAUGGAGGGGCCAGAUGGGUUUGUCAGUAGAGGACCAGAUUAGGUGGCAAGAACAACGGCUGCAACUGAAUGGGCAUGGUGAUGUGACGGAUAGCAGAGAAGUGCCACAUAGAACAACAGAUGUCGAAGCAAGUGUUGCAGCAGGCAGUGUGUCUGAAUCUGAAGCCAUUGGAGGACGCUGCCAGGAAAUCGGGAACUCUGCUUCUUACAGUCAAAAGCCUGUCUCAACAGAAACCAGCAAGCCGAAAGAAGGGAAGCUGUCUCUACUGGAGGAGAAAAAGGGCAACAAGAAGUUUAUCUCCCGUCGUAACAGUGGGAAGAAAUCCCUAGCUCAUAGAGUUUGUGGAAAGCCAACAUGGCUCGAGAGCUGGGAGCUUGAAGAUACAUAUGCAGCUGCUGCUGUGCUUUGUGCCGUUGCAUCAGUUGCCGUUGCAUACAAAUGCUAUAAACAGCUGAGUUAAAUGAUUCCAAUUGAUUUCCUUUUGUGUGUGUGCGUUUUUGUUUUUUGUUUUUUUUUUUGGUUCUUUCCCUUGCAUCUUUGUGGCAUCUAAUGUUCAUAAGCAAAACUCAUCAGUGCAAAGAAUCUGUAAAUGAAUCCUUUCCUGACAUUUGUUCUGGGUUUACGAAGUCAAAGCUUCUGUAUUUAUUCAUCCA